AUGACCGGUGAAACACAUCCAGCUACCUCCGGCGAACGGAACUCUCAUUUAAAGUUUUGUAUCACACCACACCACCAGCACAUAAACCAGACCACACCAACCACACCACAUCACACCACACAAACCACAGCACAUAAACCAGACCACACCAACCACACCACAUCACACCACACAAACCACAGCACACAAACCACACCACACCACACCAACCACUCCAACCACACCAAACCACACCACACCACACCAACCACUCCAACCACACCACUCCAACCACACCACACCACACCAACCACUCCAACCACACCACACCACACCAACCACACCAACCACUCCAACCACACCAAACCACACCAACCACUCCAACCACACCACACCAACCACAGCACAUCAACCAGAUCACACCACAUCACACAAACCACACCACACAACACCACACUACACCACUCCAACCACACCAACCACUCCAACCACUCCAACCACACCACACCAACCACAAAAAUCAACCAGAUCACACCAAAUCACACAAACCACACCACACAACACCACACUACACCACUCCAACCACACCACUCCAACCACACCAACCACACCACACCACACCACUCCAACCACGCCACACCACAUCACACCAACCACAGAAAAUCAACCAGAUCACACCAAAUCACACAAACCACACCACACAACACCACACUACACCACACCAACCACACCCCACCAACCACACCACACCACGCCAUAACACACCACUCCAACCACGCCACACCACAUCACACCAACCACACCCCACCAACCACAUCACACCACAUCACAACACACCACACCAACCACACCCCACCAACCACAUCACAUCACACCAUAACACACCACUCCAACCACGCCACACCACAUCACACCAACCACACCACACCAACCACACCACACCACACCAACCACACCCCACCAACCACAUCACACCACACCAACCACAACACACCACACCAACCACACCCCACCAACCACAUCACAUCACACCAUAACACACCACUCCAACCACGCCACACCACAUCACACCAACCACACCACACCAACCACACCACACCACACCAACCACACCCCACCAACCACAUCACACCACACCAACCACACCACACCAACCACAACACACCACACCAACCACACCACACCACACCAACCACACCCCACCAACCACAUCACACCACACCAUAA